AUGAGUUCUCCAAUUAACUAUGAUAUUAUUAGUUACAAUUCUUUCAUGGAAGUUAUUCAUUUUGUAGAAUCUCAUCUACCAGAAUUGAUUGAAGAUCACCGAAUUAUAUACAAGUAUAAUAUUUCUGUAUUGAAAAAGUUCCGUGCAAUGUCAGAUAAAAUGCUCGCUGAAUGUCGAAGUUUUGAAACGCUUAUCAAUGUUUAUAGUGCAUACUUGAAAUAUUACACACCAAGCAAUGAAAUUGUUCAAAGUUUUUCACAACUCUGUAAAACUUUCGCAAAUUCGUACUACAGUUCUUACUUAACAUAUCAAAGAGAAAUGCAAAGGCUAUCCAAAUACAAAAAGUUUAUUCAAGACAUUGAAAGCAAACCAAAGCCAAAGCAACAUUGGUAUUCAUUUUUCAGCUCUGAAACAAUUCUUCCCAAAGAAAUAAGUGAAGAUGAAUGCUUAAAAGAAGACUGUGCAGAUCUGGAUAUAAAUAUUUCAACUUUAAUUAGGCAGUUUACGCAACUUCUAAUUCCCCAAAUUGAAAUAGCCGAACAAAAUGAGAAAAGCAACAAAUUAGGCAGUGACAACGGCAAUAUGGAAGAAAUUGAAAUUGAACCUUAUCGCUUCAAUGAUGCACCAACAAACAGAUUAUAUGAACGACUUGCAUGA